AUGGCAAACAACGCUGUCACUUUCCUAUUGGCGAACCUGACUCAGUUGCUCAUCCAAGAAUCAAAAUUGCAAGGUGGAGUAGAGGAUCAAGUCAGGUUACUUCAAAAUGAGCUGAGAAUGAUCAGCGUCUUCCUCCAAAAUAUUGAAGACAAACGACAUGACAAUGUCUUGGUAAAGGAAGUAGUAAGCCAAAUUAGGGACGUGGCCUAUGAGGCUGAGGAUGUUAUUGAUACAUUCAUUAUGACUCUGACAAAGCAAAGGAGAAGAAACAAGGUCAGGAACACAAUCCAUUUCUUUGACCGAGCAAGCACGCUUCACGAGGUUGCAAAUAAGAUAGAGAGAAUCAAGAAUGUCAUCAAGGAAAUUUACGAGAAUAGGAGCAAGUAUGGGGUAGAAAUAGCUGAAUCAUCUGGAGGAGAUGCAGAAGCGGAGGAGAUACUGCACAGGCGAAGGAGACAUGUUGAGGAAGAUCAAGUGGUGGACUUCGCUCAUGACACUGAGGCAUUGAUGAAGCAGCUUAUUGAAGGGAGUUUGCGACGGAAUGUUGUUUCAAUCAUUGGCAUGGGCGGCUUAGGUAAGACCACUCUUGCUAGGAAGAUCUACAACAACAAUGAUGUCAAGAAUUACUUUGAUUUCCGUGUGUGGGGACUAACACCACUGCCAAGAAUGAUGUUGAAAGCUGAUUUGAAAGAAGAAUUACUCAACAAUUUGGAAGCGUUGUAUAGCUCAAAUAAGGAUGAAUUGAAAGGGACACUAAUCGAAAACUUGAAACAUAUCAAGGAAAUGAAUGAUGAAGAAUUUAGAAAGGCAUGGUCUAAGUUCCUGGCAGGCAUAAAAGAGCAACAUUGUGAUUUGAAAAUUUUGUUGUCGGGUUUCAUGCAAGAUUUUUACAAGAAGAAUGGUGUUAAAUUGAAAGAUAUGUCAGAUGAUGAAUUGAAAAGUGUGUUGCUUGAAAGCUUAGAAGACAAGAGGUACUUACUUGUCAUGGACGACAUCUGGAAAACUAACGUAUGGAAUGAGGUAAGUACUGCCUUUCCAAAUAACUCAAAUGGGAGUAGAAUAUUGAUUACUAGUCGAAUAAAAGAAGUAGCAUUACAUGCAACUACUAUUAAUAAUAGUGUUCCUCCUAUUCCCCCUUAUGAACUCCCAUUUCUUAAUAAAGAUAAAAGUUGGGAACUCUUCUCUAAAAAGGUAUUUUGGGAAGAAGACUUUGAGAUACCAGUGAGGCAACUAAUUCGACUUUGGAUAGCCGAGGGAUUCAUACAACAAAUUGGGAAUAGAAAUAUAGAGGAUGUUGCUGAAGACUACUUGGAGGAACUCAUUAAUCGAAGCCUGAUUCAAGUGGCAACGAAAAGGCUAGAUGGAGGAGUCAAAACAUGUUGUAUCCAUGAUCUUCUACGAGACAUCUGUAUAUUGGAGAGUUCUGAAGAGAAGUUUCUUGAGGUUCAUUCAAAUGUUAAGGGGCUAUUCCAUAUGCAACCUUUGGAAUCUAGAGACGUUGGACAUGAGAAAUUCCACAAUGAGAACAAAAUGCUUGCCCAAGGGGAUAUGGAAGUUACAAAGAUUAAAACAUUUGUACCUGGAUGCGCCAACAUCUCUACCUAA